CUAUGAGUGUCCCCUGUACAAGACCAAGCUGAGAGGAACCACUUAUGUCUGGACCUUCAGCCUCAAGACCAGAGAGAGACCAGCCAAGAACUUUGUGGAGGAGAAGUUGGGGGUGAAGUAUACAGAGGGGAGGAAGACAUAGUUUGCUAAGUCCUUCAGAGAGAGUGGACCUGCCUCGCCUGUAUUCUUCAUCCUGUCUCCUGGAGUAGACCCUCUCAAAGACGUGGAGUCACUGUAAUGUAAAGAUCACUGUAAAUCUGCAUGAAUAUGACACACACACACACACUGAGAAUAUAUUGUUUCCAUGGUAACAGGCAGGAAGUUGGGGUUCACCAUAGACCUGGGGAAACUCCACAAUGUGUCUUUGGGUCAGGGUCAGGAGGCUGUGGCUGAGGUCGCCAUGGAGAUGGCUGCUAAGGAGGGACACUGGGUCAUUUUACAGAAUAUCCACCUGGUGGCUCGCUGGCUGGGGUCGUUGGAGAAGCUUCUGGAACGCUGCUGUGAGGGCAGUCACCAGGACUACAGAGUGUUUAUGAGUGCUGAGCCUGCCCCCACACCACAGGAGCACAUCAUCCCUCAGGGCAUCCUGGAGAAUGCCAUCAAGAUCACCACGAGCCUCCCACUGGCAUGCAUGCCAACCUUCAUGCUGCUCUGGACAACUUCGACCAGUCCUGUGCUUGCUGUGGGGAACAUGGGUGUUCACUUCCCAGUCUAA